AUUUCACGUCGAGCGGGCAAGCAGCUGUGAAGAUGAGCUCCAUGAGUCCUGCGCUCGAGACGCAGAAGGAGCUCUACGACGAGGCCAUGCUGCACGUGAACGCGGGCGUCGCCGCCCAGAGCGGCGAGGACAAGGCGGCCGCGGAGAAGGAGUUCGCUUCGGCCAUCGAGGUCAUGGAGCGGGCGCUCGCCAUGGACUUCUCGCACGAAGAGAAGGAAGCGAGCAUGCGCUUGGCCAACAAGAUGGGCCGAUACAUGACGAUGAUCAAGAGCCAGCGCGGCAAGGGCGACGGGAAGGGCGCCACCGCGCGCUACAACAUCCUCGACAUGGAGAACCUCCCGGCGCGGUAUUCGCCCGUGACGAACGCGCUCAUGACGUCGCCGACGCAUGGCAAUGUCUUCGAGUCGCUCAAGAACAUCUUUGGCUUCCAGGAGAACAACGUCAAGAACCAGCGCGAGCACGUGACCUUGCUCCUGACCAACUACAAGGAGCAGUUCGAGACGCCGCUCGCGACGCCGCUCGAGUCGUCCAAGAAGAGCAAGAAGACCGACGUCGUGGCCCCGCUGCCUGCGGACGCGGCUGAGGCCACCAAGCUCGCGAUCGAGAAGCUGCACACGCGCCUCUUUGACAACUACGGCAAGUGGUGCAAGUACCUCAAGCAGACGCCGGCCUUCUCCAAGGAGCCGCUUGUCGACAUUGUGCUCUUCUUCCUCAUGUGGGGCGAGGCCGGCAACUUCCGCCAGACGCCGGAGCUGCUCUGCUUCCUCUUCCACUCGCUCCUCCCGACCGCGACGCCCAACUCGUCGCCCAAGGAAGCGGGGACGUACCUCGCGACGAUCAUCCGCCCGAUCUACGCCGAAGUCAAGAAGGACAACGACAAGAAGACACCGCUCGGGCAGCGCGCGCCCCACAAGGAGAUCCGAAACUACGACGACUUUAACGAGUUCUUCUGGACGGCCAAGUGCCUCAAGUUUGACGCGACCAACAUCGCGACGGCGCUCGGGUCGCUCAACAAGAAGGGUCAACCCCAGGACGCGCCCAAGACGUUCGUCGAGACGCGGUCGUGGGUCCGUGCGCUCUGGUCGUUCCGGCGCAUCUUCCUCUUCAACCUCUGCCUCUUCAUCGCCACGGUCGGCUUGGCGGUCAACGUGACGCUCUACUGCCCCGAGUCGCCCAUUAUGUACGGCCCGGACCUCGGGAAGGAGGCCACGAUCCUCGGGAAGCUCUACUACAAGCCGCGCCUCUCGUACAACAUGAACGACGACUUUGAGGUCGAGACGUGCAACCUCCCGAAGCUCGCAACGUGUCUCGGUGUGACCAACUACGUGCCGUACACGACGUUCCAGUACCUCCCGGAAGACAUGAAGAUGCUCAUGGCCGACAUCCCGUUCCAGCCGUGCCUCGAGCUCCUCGGCGGUCGCUGCAGCUGCUACCUCGAGACGCUCAAGGACUGCUUCUCGCAGAAGGGCACGUCGGUCGUCUACGACCUCUCGGACCCGAGCGCGAUCUCGAGCAUCAAGUACGACCAGGCCACGUGCAUGCCAGCGUACUACAAGGCGGCGCUCGACGUCAUCAACAACGCCGGCAACGGCAAGCUCAACUGCGCCGCGUGCACGUUCCCGGCAACGGACAUGCCGACCAAGCUGCCGGCGUUCUUGCUCGGACUCGUCGACUUUGGCCGCACGGACAUGGGGCCCCUCAUCUUCCUCGGUGGCGCAGCCGUCUUUGCCUUGUUUGUCGCGGGCGAGGUCGUCAACCGCCUCUUUUCGGGCCUCUUGAUCGGGUACGUGGGCCGGAACCUCCCGGUCCCGUGGUCGGCGUGGUGCCGCUACAGCUGCUUCUGGCUCUUCAUGUUCACCGUCAAGCUCCUCUUCGACUACAACUUCAUGGUCAAGAACCUCGUCGAGACGUCGCUCAUGAUUUGGCUCUCGGACCCGACGCAGUACCUCCAAGUGUCGCACUUUAUGGUGCAGAAGAGCUACCACAACAUCAUCUACAUCGUGUUCCUCUGGCUGCCGGCGGUCAUCGUCUUCUUCUACGACUGCCAGAUCUUCUACGCCAUGUUCUCGGUCGUCUUUGGCUCGAUCCGCGGCUUCAACCUCCGCAUUGGCGAGCUCCGCUCGUUCCGCAUCUUGCGCCAAGCGUUCAAGUCGAUUCCCAAGAUGUUCAACAAGAAGCUCGUGCCCAAUGACGCCGAGGUCGAGGUCUCGAAGGCCAAGCAGGAAGAGAAGAAGAAGAAGGUGUCGGCCAAGGAGAAGGAGGCCGCCGAAGAGCACGCGCUCGAGAUCAAGGCGCAGCUGUACCAAGGCGGGGACGCGCUCACCAACAUCUCGAUGCACAAGUCGUUCGGGCACGUCUCUGGUAUUGACGGCAAGGAGUUUGAGCGCGUGUACCCGUUCGCGAUGGCGUGGAACCGCUGUCUGAGCUCGAUGCGCGAGGCCGACGUCAUCAACAACCGCGAACUCAACGUGUUGAGCUACCUCAUCGACGGCCACGACACGGACGAAGCCCGCUUGUAUCCGCCGGCGUUCCUCACGGCCGGGAAGCUCGACGAGUCCCUCGACAUCAUCUCCGACUGCGCGGCCAUCUACGACAAGCUCAAGAGCGACAAGAAGAAGGAGUCGGCGCUCGACAAGGUCGAAGCCGCGAUGCGCGAGCGUCUCAAGAAGGACGACUUGCGCAUCGAAGCCUGCCUCGGCUCGUACAAGUUUACGGUCCGCGUCCUCAAGGUGCUGCUCGGCGACGCGCACGCCGACAUGGCGCCGUGCUACGACUUUAUCGAGGAGGCGGUGCACACGCACGCGAUCCUCAAGGGCCUCAACGUCUCGGGCCUCCACGCGCUCCGGACGGCCGCAAGUGUGGCCAUGAAGGCGAUCGCCGAUGCGCCGAAAGCUGCGAAAAGCGACUCGCUUACGUUCCAGCGCGCCCUGUACCGCGUCAUUGACGCCGUCGAGCAGCUCCUCGUGCAGCUCAAGAAGGUGCUCUCCAAGCAGGAGGCGCUCGCCAAGGUGCUCAACGACACGCCGCUCAAGCCCAACUCGUUCUUUAUCGCGGCCGACCCGACGCACGAGUAUGCGACUCGUCAGCUCAACGCGCUCAUUAGCGACAAGCAGACCAUGGCGAUCGUCUCGCGCGCGUACCAGCUGUUGACGGUCGACAACUUUGACGCGGAGCCGCGCUCGGAAGAGGGCCAGCGCCGCCUCCGGUUCUUCUCCAACUCGCUCUUCAUGGAGAUGCCGGACGCGCAGUCGGUGAAGAAGAUGCACUCGCUCUCGGUGGCGACGCCGUACUACUCGGAGAUCGUCCUGUACUCGAUGAAGGACCUCCUCGUGACGGAGGGCAAGGGCGGCGAGACCAAGCUGCUCUACUACCUGCAGACGGUGUACCGCGACGAGUGGGAGCACUUUUUGGAGCGUCUCGGCGUCUCGAACGAGAAGGACGCGAUCGCCAAGAGCCCGGAGGAAGUCCAGCUCUGGGCGUCGUACCGCGGCCAGACGCUCGCGCGCACGAUCCGCGGCAUGAUGUACAACGAAGAAGCGAUCCGGUUCCUCUACUGGCUCGAGCUCGGCCACCACAAGGCGUCCGAUGAGCUCAACAAGGAACUCGAUGAGAUGGUCGCGCUCAAGUUCAACUACGUCGUGACGUGCCAGAUCUACGGCAAGCAGAAGGAAGAGGACAAGCAGCAGGCCAAGGACAUCGACUACCUCCUCAAGAAGCACCCGUCGCUCCGCGUCGCGUACGUCGACGGGCCCAAGAAGAUGAAGGAGGGCCCGCCCAAGUACUUUUCGUGUCUCGUGCGCUCGACCAAGGACGAGGACAAGGUCACGGAAGUCUACCGCAUCGAGCUGCCGGGCGACCCGAUCAUUGGCGAAGGCAAGCCGGAGAACCAGAACCACGCGGUCGUCUUCUCGCGCGGCGAGCUCAUCCAGUGCGUCGACAUGAACCAGGACGGCUACUUUGAGGAGUGCCUCAAGAUGCCCAACCUCCUCGCGACCGUCGACCGACCGGAGCACAAGAACUCGCCGCUCACGAUCAUCGGCUUCCGCGAGUACGUCUUCACGGGCGCCGUCUCGAACCUCGCGUCGUUCAUGCAGAUCCAGGAGCUCUCAUUCGUCUCGCUCGGCCAGCGCAUGCUCGCGCACAACUACGUGCGCCAGCACUACGGGCACCCGGAUAUCUUCGACAAGAUGUUCGCCAUGGGCACGGGCGGCACGGCCAAAGCGUCGCGCGGGAUCAACCUCUCGGAGGACAUUUUCGCCGGCUUCAACUCGACGCUCCGCGGCGGCCGCGUCUCGCACGAAGAGUUCAUCCAAGUGGGCAAGGGCCGCGAUGUCGGCAUGCAGCAGCUCGCGCUCUUCGAGGCCAAGCUCUCGUCCGGCGCCGGCGAGUGCGUCACGUCCCGGGACGUGAUGCGCAUGGCCAACCGCCUCGAUUUCUUCCGCCUCAACUCGUGGUUCUACGGCAACCUCGGCUGGUACUUUACGCAGACGAUGACCGUCUUUGGCGUCUACUUCUUCAUCUACGGCAAGAUCUACUUUGCGCUCUCUGGUAUGGACGCGUUCUACCUCCAGCUCGGCCGCAUGGGCAUCUCGGGCGUCCUCAACACGUCGUGGGCGCUGCAGUUUGGCUUCUUGCUGGUCGUGCCCGUCAUUGGUGUCGUCGGCGUCGAGCGCGGCUUCCGCCACGGUAUCACGUUCCUCUUUUGGAACGUCAUGACGCUCGGGCCGCUCUUCUUUACGUUCCAAAUGGGCAACCGCAUGCACUACUUUGACCGGACGCUCAUCCACGGCGGCGCCAAGUACCGCGCGACCGGUCGCGGCUUCACGAUCAAGCACGAGAAGUUCGCCGAGCUCUUCCGGUUCUACGCGUUCAGCCACUUUUACCGCGGCGUCGAGCUCAUGUUCUUGCUCGUGCUCUUUGCGAUCUACGGCACGUUCAACUGGUGCAACUGCUCGUGGCAGCAGGACAUUACGUUCUACAACGGCGUCGAGCCGCUCCCGUACGAGUGGCAGGCGCGCUGCUACGCCAACUGGUACCAGCAGUGUGUGCUUCCGACCAACCAGAACUACGGCGUCAUGAGCUACUCGCUCUGGCUCAUCGCGGCCACGUGGGUCUGGUCGCCGUUCAUCUUCAACCCGAGCGCGUUCGACUGGGACUUUGUCAUUGCCGGCUACCGCGACUGGCAAAACUGGCUCGAGACGAAAAACGACUCGGCCGAGUCGUGGUUUGGGUGGUGGUCGGCCGAGCUCGAGUACCUCGAGCACUCGACGGCGUUCUCGCGCUUCGUGAUGUUUGUGCGCAAGACGCGCUUCCUCCUCGUGGCGUUUGGCUUGUACCUCCAGCUCGCGUACCGCCUCUUUUACAAGGACCAGCACACGACCGUCGCGCAGGGCAACCCGAUGCUCCCGUACAUCCUCGCCGGCGCCAGCGUCGUCUUUUUGAUUCUCUUUGCGUGCGUCGCGUACGUGGCGAGCCGCGUGACCAAGAAGAUGACGAUGAAGCAGCGCAAGCUCCGCAAGAUCAAGUUCAACCUCUCGGCAAUCGGUCUCAUCCUCUUGAUCGGGUCGCUCAUGUACUUGUCCGUGACGCACCUCGCCGAGAUCGUCGUCAUCCUCGCACUCGUGCUCUACUGGUUCCUCCAGUACACGAUCUGCCGCCUCAAGCAGCACCACGUCAUCAUGGUCAACAUCGCCAAGGGCUUUGACAUCGUCAUUGGCUGGAUCGUCUUUGGCCCGAUCCUCUUCAUCUCGAUGUUCAUGCCCUUCCUCGCUGCCUUCCAGCAGCGCGUCAUGUUCAACUCGGCGUUCACGUCCGGUCUCGAGGUGCACAAGCUCCUCGGGAACGAAGUCGCGAACGAGGUGACGGCGCUGCAGCCCGCGCCGGUCGCCGACAAGCCCAAGGUCAAGGCCACCAAGAAGAAGAAGACGGACGAACCGACGCCGACGAGCUACGGCGCCAUCUAAGCUCGUUUUGCCAAUACAUGUCUUUUGCAUGUCGCCA